AUGGCUGGCAACACUUUCGCUCAACUUGUCUCGAAAUUCGAAAUCCUCGAUGCCAUGUCUUCGGCGAGUACGCGAAGGGAUUCGCAUGUUCCUCCUAGGGCCGUACCAGUUGCUGUCGCCGCUUCUCCAGCAAUCACCGGACACAGUCCCAUGAGAUCAUCAAUUUUCAAGGCUAGAGACAGAAGCUCUACAGACUCUAGCCUCAUAUCUCCAGGCUGCUUCGUCCCUCCAAGACGAAUCUCUCCUCGUCCUCGUCGUGCCCAAACGUUUGACAAGAUGCCUGUUACUCCAGCCACAGUUGAGAGUACGAAACCAAGACAGAAGUCUGUGGCAGAGAGAAGAAAGAUGUUUGAAACGCAAGAAGAUGCCCCUGCUUCCUCAACGCCUGUACGAGCAUACGCCGGCGCUCGCUCAACUUCAAAACUGGCCCAUUCCAAGAGCUGGAAAUCCAUCAAAACAAGCCGGUCUAUUCCAGAAUCACAUCUCGAGAGCACGACUCCUCCCCCGCCUUCCAAUGCGACUGACAAGGUACAACGACACAUACCAAGUCACGAUCAAGAUUCGGCUUCAACACUUCUUCCAGCAUCCUCGGCAGAUGAGCACCCUUACCGUCAUUCUCUUGCCCCUGAAGAGCCAUUUGGCACAUGGUCAAAGCCGAUUAUCCACCCGGACGAACGAUGGAUGGCCCUAAAGCGUGAGAGCUUUGCUGUAACCGCACUCGAUACGAGUCCCAGCUACGUCAAGUCUCAGUACAUUGAACCAGAACUGGACUCCCCUCGCUCCUCGUUGAAGAGCAAUGGCAAUUUCAAUCCUGACCAUCGCCGUGACGGACCGGAGAAUGGGCAAUCCAUGGACCAGACCGUGCAGCAUGGUUGGAUACAGAAUGCUCAGAAGAUGGCACACUCCCUAUCCAGCCCAGCAUUAGCCGGAACAGCCAAGUCAGGAUUGUCUCAGCCUCGGGAGAGUCCUCGAAUUUCUGCAGACGCCAUAAGUGCGUUCAGAUCCUUCCAGUUUACGAGAACCGGUGCCUUCAGACGAUCCAACUUGCCCCGGUCCAGAAUAUCAAGCCUUCGAAAGAAGUUUGACUUGCCCAAGAGCGAAUCCGUUUCUUCUCUCCCGGCUCUUGCAGCAAAACGACGAGAAACUGACUCGAACAAAACUGAGAACUCCGACUGGCCAUCAAAGCUCUCUCUCCCCAAGUCGGCUACUAAUCCAAACCUUGGCACAAUGGCUUCACUCGCGUCACGAUCCAAGAGCUUCGCUCCUCGUUGGAGAGAGAAAUCUGUCCGUCAACCACAAACCCCUCCCCAAAGGCGCAAAACGGAGCACAAUGUUUCGCCAUUGAAGCAGAAGAUUGACCUGUUUGAAUCCCUCGACCGCAAAAAGCCUGCCUCAAACCCAGCAAAACUGAAUCCUGCAAAGAAGCGUUCUGUGUUUGGUAGCCCCCGAACAAACACAUCUGGCUCAGGCCCGUUCAAGGGGCUUCGGAAAACUCUGCGUCGUAUCUCUACUUCUUGUCGCAAAAGCACAUCUGAAUGGAGCACCACAAGCUCCAGACCUGGAAGUGGCUCUCAGCACAGCAUACAAGACAUUCCUGGGGAUUCUAUCAAGCAUCGCGCCAUUGCAGACUCUGAGCUAGACUCUCUUUCACCUGGCACUAUUGAGUCCAUUCCCGAGCGACCAGUCUUGGGUCAAACUCGCCUGGAGAACGAGAUCUCUCCCCUUGAUCUGGGUAAGAGAUUCUCAGUGCAACGCACUACUGUGCCUCUUACGGCAUACAACAUUGAUGGUGAGCCUGGCCUAAGUCCUGUGGCAGCGGCACCAGCCCCUUUGUUCUCAGAAUCCCAAAGCAGCAGGUUCUUUAGGACAAAGAUGCCCCUUAUUCGAAGUUCGGACCGAUUUUCCCUUCCGGAGUUUGGAAACCACUCCGAAGAAGCUGAUGUGCAUUGCCGAUUGGAGCAGCCCAAGCCGGUGCGUGCUAGUGAGUUGAGAAGACUGGUCGGAAUAUGCAAGCAAAAGGUUCGGAAGUUGUCGGCUGGUGGAAGUGAGUAG